GAGAGUCAUUUUCGAAUCGGCGGAGCAAAGGGCACUGACUUGCAGGUGGGCGAUUGUCCGAAGUUGACGGGAGCUGUGGAUCCAGAUUGUAUCGCUGGCUUCAUGCUUCUUCAUGACAUCUAUUCAACAGGCUGUCUUGAAAAUAUCUGGGCUUGGGUUGCAGAUCAUGACCUUGAUAGCAAUGUCGCAGAGACUCAGAUCGAUACUUACAUCGCAGGUGGUAUCCUGAUUGAAAGUACGAGCGCAAUAUGGCUAUACGGAAGAGCUUCUGAACAUUGUAUUCUGUACCAGUACCAGCUGUUCAACUUCAAAGGCAUUCUUAUUGGAAUUGUAUGCCAAUUGUAA